CCCUGCUCCUCCUUUUUCUUUUUUUUUUCUCUUUUUUUUUUUUUUUUUUCCCCAUCCUUUCUUCUUGCCUGAAUUAGAAGCUCCAGGAAUGUGCUAAUUGGCGGCGGCCUCUUCAGAAAGGAAAAUGGAUCUUGUUAUGUGAGGACAUUGAGGAAACAGUCCCCAGCUACCGAGAGGAAGAAAGGCCGGUGGGAAAUAUUCAGAUCGAGGGAUUUUAAUGGCUUUCAGGUAGAAGAAAGUGGAGACAAUCAAAAUGAAUUCUAUGGACAGGCACAUACAGCAGACCAAUGACCGGCUGCAGUGCAUAAAACAGCACUUACAGAACCCUGCAAACUUCCAUAAUGCAGCAACGGAGCUCCUGGACUGGUGCGGAGACCCCAGAGCCUUCCAGAGACCGUUUGAGCAGAGCCUGAUGGGUUGUUUGACGGUGGUUAGUCGAGUGGCAGCUCAGCAAGGAUUUGACUUGGAUCUUGGAUACAGGCUACUGGCAGUAUGUGCAGCCAACAGGGACAAAUUCACUCCAAAAUCAGCUGCGCUGCUCUCGUCGUGGUGUGAGGAGCUGGGACGGCUCUUGCUGCUUCGCCACCAGAAAAGCCGGCAGAACGAUCCUCCAGGGAAGCUCCCCAUGCAACCCCCCAUGAACUCUAUGAGCUCCAUGAAACCCACCCUUUCUCAUAGUGAUGGGUCUUUCCCUUACGAUUCUGUUCCCUGGCAGCAAAAUACCAACCAGCCCCCAGGCUCCUUGUCAGUGGUCACCACAGUAUGGGGUGUGACUAACACCUCUCAAAGCCAGGUGCUGGGAAAUCCAAUGGCAAAUGCUAACAACCCUAUGAACCCAGCAGGAAAUCCCAUGGCUUCUGGGAUGACUACCAGCAACCCUGGAAUCAAUUCCCCUCAGUUUGCUGGGCAGCAGCAACAAUUUUCAACCAAGGCAGGCUCCACUCAGCCCUACAUCCAGCAGGGCAUGUACGGGAGACCCAAUUAUCCUGGAAGUGGAGGCUUUGGUGGCAGUUACCCUGGAGGCCCCAAUACUCCUGCAGGAAUGGGGAUCCCCCCACACACGAGGCCGCCGGCUGAUUUCACCCAGCCAGCUGCUGCCGCCGCCGCCGCUGCCGUUGCGGCUGCUGCUGCUACAGCAACAGCUACAGCCACAGCCACUGUGGCAGCCCUUCAGGAAACACAGAACAAGGACAUGAACCAGUAUGGACCGGUUUGUUCCUCUUUCCAGAUGGGUCCAACUCAGGCUUACAACAACCAGUUUAUGAACCAGCCUGGUCCUCGUGGCCCUGCUUCUAUGCCAGGCAACAUGAACCCUGCAAGCAUGGGAGCGGGAAUGACGCCUUCCAGCAUGAGUGGGCCACCCAUGGGCAUGAACCAGCCUCGGCCUCCUGGGAUGAGUCCCUUCAGCACCCAUGGGCAGAGGAUGCCCCAGCAGGCCUACCCAGGCCCACGGCCCCAGUCUUUGCCUAUACAGGGCAUUAAGAGACCGUACCCAGGAGAGCCGAAUUAUGGAAACCAGCAGUAUGGACCAAAUAGCCAGUUUCCAAACCAGCCCGGUCAAUACCCCACUCCCAACCCUCCAAGACCCCUUACGUCUCCCAACUAUCCUGGACAGAGGAUGCCAAGCCAGCAAAACACAGGGCAGUACCCUCCUCCAACGGUCAACAUGGGGCAGUAUUACAAGCCAUCAAGGCCUGUACCUGUGGCAAAUUACCCUCAUUCACCUGUUCCAGGAAACCCCACGCCACCUAUGACUCCAGGGAGCAAUAUUCCUCCAUACCUGUCACCUAACCAGGAUGUCAAACCACCAUUCCCACCUGACAUUAAACCAAAUAUCAAUGCUUUACCACCACCUCCAAAUGCUAAAGGGAAAGUUCACGCUUUCUCUCCCUCUCCGAUCCCAGCCAACCACAACGACGAGCUGCGGCUGACGUUCCCCGUGAGGGACGGCGUGGUGCUGGAGCCCUUCCGGCUGGAGCACAACCUGGCCGUCAGCAACCACGUCUUCCACCUGCGGCCAACCGUCCACCAGACACUGAUGUGGAGGUCUGACUUGGAAUUGCAGUUCAAGUGCUACCACCAUGAAGACAGACAAAUGAACACAAACUGGCCAGCUUCAGUCCAGGUCAGCGUUAAUGCAACCCCACUUACCAUCGAACGUGGCGACAACAAGACAUCUCAUAAACCCCUGCACCUAAAGCACGUCUGUCAGCCGGGAAGAAACACGAUUCAAAUUACAGUCACAGCAUGUUGUUGUUCACACUUGUUCGUGUUGCAGUUGGUACACCGGCCCUCAGUCCGCUCCGUACUUCAAGGUCUACUAAAGAAACGCCUCCUCCCAGCAGAACAUUGUAUCACUAAGAUAAAGAGGAACUUUAGUAGCGUAGCGGCUUCCUCUGGCAACGCCACACUAAACGGGGAAGAUGGAGUAGAGCAAACUGCCAUUAAAGUGUCUCUGAAGUGUCCCAUCACAUUCCGGCGGAUCCAGCUCCCGGCGAGGGGUCACGACUGCAAGCACGUACAGUGCUUUGAUCUGGAAUCUUAUUUGCAACUGAACUGUGAAAGAGGAACUUGGAGGUGUCCGGUAUGCAAUAAAACUGCUCUGCUGGAGGGCUUGGAGGUUGACCAGUACAUGUGGGGCAUUCUGAACGCUAUACAAAACUCAGAGUUUGAAGAAGUUACCAUUGAUCCAACUUGCAGUUGGAGGCCAGUCCCUAUCAAAUCAGAUAUUCACAUCAAAGAUGACCCAGAUGGCAUUCCCUCAAAAAGAUUUAAGACCAUGAGUCCAAGCCAGAUGAUCAUGCCAAAUGUGAUGGAGAUGAUUGCAGCUUUGGGUCCUGGCCCGUCACCUUACCCGUCCCUACCCCCUCCUCCAGGAGGCAACAACUCCACUGAAUAUGGUAACCAAGGCAACAGUUACCAAGGGCACGGCAAUUUUGACUUCCCGCACGGGAACCCCGGUGGCACGUCGAUGAAUGACUUCAUGCAUGGGCCACAGCUGUCACACCCCCCGGACAUGCCGAGCAGCAUGGCAGCUCUCGACAAGCCUCUCAGCCACCCCAUGCAGGAAUCUAUCCCUCAUCCCGGCAGCACUGAUCAGUCCCAUACUUCCAUGCAGCAAGGUUUGCACGUCCCUCACCCCAGCAGCCAGUCAGGGCAGCCAUUACAUCACAGCGGGCCUCCUACCCAGCAGUCCCGGCAGCCGCCCCCGGCCGCUUCUAGCAACCAUCCACACAGUGACCUGACCUUUAAUCCCUCCUCAGCCUUAGAGGGUCAGGCUGGUGGACAGGGAGCACCCGACAUGCCGGAGCCCUCGCUGGAUCUGCUUCCAGAACUCACAAAUCCAGAUGAGCUGCUUUCCUACCUGGAUCCUCCCGAUUUGCCAAGCAAUAGCAAUGAUGACCUUCUGUCUCUCUUUGAGAACAACUGAAACCAUGUGUAUUCUCCCAUCCCUCUCACUUGUUCACACGUGUGUGGCUGCACAGCGAGGAAUCUUAACACUCCUUUUCCACAAGAGAAGAAAAAAAAAAAACAACACCUCACAACUUGAUCCAAUGGUGCACUCCCUGCUUUCUUCAUCUCAGAACUGCUUUUGUCAGCUUCAAAGACUGCGAAAGUGACGGGAGAAAAAAAUUACAAAUAAAUAAACAAAUGCAGUAAUCUCCGAGUCUGCCGUGCUCCACGUGACAGAGAAGCAUAGACAGUUGUGCAGCUAUUGGAAACCCCAUUUGUUGUUCAUCCUCGAGAGAGAGAGUUCUGUGAUAAACAUAGUGUUGAAGUAUCUUGGCAAAACCGAAUCUUGGCAAGGGAAGAAAAGGCAACAAAAUGGAACUGUCUUUAAUUGACCCGUCUCAGAGUGUCCUUCCAACGCGUGUUCUUCCAUUUAUUUGAAACUGUAAUCUCCCUCUGCCCCACCUCCCCUCUGCCCCCCUCCAACCGCGGGUUUGCGGUGGAGCGAUUGUCCUGGCCACACACAAAAAGAAACACAAAAACACGUACGAAGCUCAAAAAAAAAAGCACAAAUCCUACAGUCAAGUGGCAAAGAUAGGGAAGACGUACAGGCCCGUCAGAGGGAGGCAGCAGUUUAGCCGGUGCAGCUUCGGUACCGGGGUCCUGAGCAUCUCCGGGCUGCAGCCGUGGGUGUCGGUAUUUCUGCAAGCGCAGGAAUCUGAACCACCUCUUUGCAGAGGAUUCCUCUGGCCAAACACACAGAUUGGAAACACCCAGGAAAAAUUUUUUUUAAAAAAUAUAUGUUUGCAAUGUUUAGGGAUUUAUUUUUUUUUGUGGUUUUGGUUUCAGAUCAGUACCAUUUGUGGCUGUGUUACUAUCCAGCUGUUGAGAUUGCUGUAAUAGAUCUUUUUGCCAUGUGUGCCGUGCGGAAUGGAAAAGAGGAGGAGGGGGGAUGCGAACCAAACUGUUCCCGAUUGUUACCUACAGCCUUCGGUGCCCGAGCAUUUGUGUCACUGUCUGUACUGCACAAUACAUAGUAAGACAGGCUGGGUUGAAGGCAGCCAGGCAAUCGUUGCAGGAUGGAGGGAGAGUAACAUCACUAUCUGCGUAAUUAUUUUUAAUGAUCGGCUUGAGAAGGGGCAUUGACAUUGGACAGACAUCUUACAGCUUCAUUUUUGGUUUGCUUUGCGUUCUGUUUUCCUGACUGUUACAGAUAAUUCAGCCUUUUUCUUUUCUCCUCCUUCAGUUUCUUUUUUUUUUUUUUUUAAACUUUGGCUGCCGGGAUGAGCUCUUUCUCCCGAAGGACCGGGCGUGGGGAGAACAAGUAACUGUCAGUAGAUUGCUACUGCCCUGGAGAGACCCUGCUGCCACCAUCACUGUCUUGCCCCCGUGAUCUGUGCUUCUCGUGUGGUUGCUGCUCCUGCAUGAGCUUCCUAUUGCUUCUGUGCCCAUCUCUGUGCUCUUCGUCUCUCUCUCUUUCUCUCGUAUAAAUGAUGUACAGUAGCUGUGUAAGAAGUGCAUGUGUGCCAACUCUGCCCUCCUGGUGCAACAUUUCAGCUUUUGCCCACUGUACAGUUAUUGGUUUCCUUUCUUUUUGUUACUGAAGCAAAGCUCCUUUUCCCCAUCCCGAAUCCAAUCGACCCCCCUCCGUUUGCUCGCC